AAUGUUACUAUUAACAAUAAUAACAAUAAUAAUAACAACAAUAAUAAUAUUAUGUCACAACCUCAACAAACAACACCUCCUUCAUCUCAAUCAUCAUCUAAUCAAUCUCAACAACGAUAUACUCCUCAAUUCACUACUACUCAACAACGUAGAACUAAUAAUAAUAAUACCAAUAAUAACAAUAAUAAUAAUAAUGUUCAAGGUGUUAAGAAAUGUGAGAGUUGUCAUACUUCUUCUAGUCCUGAAUGGCGUCGUGGUCCAACUGGACAUAAAACUUUAUGUAAUGCUUGUGGAUUGAGGUAUUCACGUACAAUUGCUCGUGAAAAUCGUAAAAGGGAACAAGCUCAACGUGAACAAGAACAACGUCAAAGGGAACAAAGGGAACGUGAAGAACGUGCUCGUGAAAGAGCUGCUGCUAUAAUAGCUCCAGGUCAACAGCAUCUUCAUCAUCAAACUUCAGCUAAUUCUUCUGGUCCACUACAAUAUCUUCCUUCAACUCUACCACCAAUAAGUUAUCAUCGUCAUCAACCACAACCUUCUCAUCAUCAUCAUCAUAAUAUUCGUCCUACUCCACUUAAUCAUCAUCAUCAACAUCAAAUUGAUCUUCCACCUCCUUCAAAUAAUGAUAGAAUCGGUUAUACUUUACCUCCUCCUCAUUUUUUUGACAGACAACAAAAUGGAACUGGUGCGAGUAAUGGUAAUAGUUAUCAAAUACCAGGUGGCAGAUAAAUGACGUAAUGGUGAUAUAUAUUAUAUAUAUAUUUUACGAAUAUUAUGUUUCACACCUUUAAUGCGUGUAUAUAUAUAUCACGCUUAAUAAGUAUUUUAAAAAAUCAUUUUAUUUACGUAUGAUGUAAAAUAUCCCUUAUUAAUAUUAUAUGCUUAUUAAAAUAAACUCGUGUGGUACGAUUGAAGGUAUAAAAAAAUUAGUAAUUACGAAUUAUGAAAAAAAUUCAUUUAAGUGGACGGACAUUUGAUUGAAAAUUUACCUGUAACGUCAAUUAUAGAAUUUAAUCCGAGUAUAAUUUUUUUUUUCUUUUUACAUCAACCUAAUGAUUCGUUAUAAGAUUCACUUCGCGAUAUGUAAAUUUUCUUGUAUAUUCUCUUUUAUAUCAUUUGUAUAUUUUUUUUUCAACCUUUUUUUUUUUUUUUUUUU